AUGGCUAAUUUCGUUAUCCCAUAUUUAAAGCCCGUUGCUGAUUUUUGGAACAGCUUGUGCAUUGACCAACACCAAGACUCUCUUUUCUAAUUCAAGGGACAAACUGGUUCAUUAGGUACCGAUUGGACAUCUAAAUACUUGCGUUCUGAAUAGGAUGUAUACAAUCAUAAAUAUUUAUAAUAUCACAAGAGAGUUCAUGAAGCUCCUGAACUCACUGAUGUUAUUUCAGAUAAUGUUUACAGAUUGACUCUAUUUGCAGGUGUUGAAAGAGUUUUAUCAGUUAGAUAAGCUUAAGCUAUUCUCAAGACCUAAUUCGCAGGUGCCACUGAAAAUAUUUCAGGAGCUUUCUAAACUGUAUUGAAUGGAGGUAUAUUCCGUAGAGGUUAUUUCCGUGGUGCUCUCUUGAAUUUAUUAUAAUUUUGCGGUGCCCCUUACUAAUCUUUAAUUUGGAGCAGAAAUUCUGGUAUCACCAAUUAAGUGAUCGUUUCAAGCAUUUUCGAAGCAUUCUUCUAUCCUUUAGAUACUGUUAAGACUCUUAUCUAUAAUGAUGUCCAAGGUAAAUACAAAGGUGCUUUCCAUUGUGCUUCUUAAGUUGUCCAAAAUGCUGGAUGGAGCAGACUUUAUGCUGGUAUCUUCUAGAAGCUUAUUUUCAACUCAGCUUUAAUUUUCCACUUAAAUCAAGUUUGGGAUGGUAGCUCUUAAUAAUGGGCUUCUCUUGCUCUCGUUGCAGCAGCUUAUCCUCUCUUAGUUUUAAAGACACGUUUCUAAGUAGCUGGAACUCCUCUUGCUCUUGCUACUUCAAAUGAAGUUUUAAAAGUAAAUCGCAAAACUCUUUAUGCUGGUCUUGUUCCUUACUUAAUUUUUAAUACCCUCUUUGCCUACGAAUUCGCUGCUUGGCACUCUUCUACAGCCCAAGAACGUGUUAUUGGCGGACUUCAAAAUGCUAUGAAGCAAUUCAGUUCUCCUGCUGCUGAAUAAGUAUGGAGCAGCUGA